UUGCAGAGUCCCUCUGUGUUCACUCCCUUGUACGGUCUUUGUCGCAGAGGCCUUAGGAUUCUCAUUAAUGAACACACGAGAGUCUUGUUCGGAUACCACCGGCUUCCCGCUUCCUAAUUCAAAUCGGAUUUACUACUGAAACUCUUCAUUUUCCUCCCGUAUCUUGCAGCAUUAUAAUUUCUGGGUUUUCAGUUUUCGGACCUCGAAGACCCUCUAAAGAGACUGAGAGGUAUAUCCAAACAUGCCCCAAGAAACCAGCACUAACCCAGUUUUCAUAUCACCUUGCAAGAAUUUGAGAGGACUGAAGUCUUUGGCUUCAAACAACAAUGAUCUUUCAUACAGUGAAGAUAUUAAUGACUAUGAAUUGGCUCAAAGAAAAGCUGGAGAAGCAGCUUUAAGAAGAUACCAGGCAGCAGAAUGGCUGAGGCAGAUGGACCAAGGUGCAUCGGCAACCUUAUCGACAGAACCUUCAGAAGAAGAGUUCUGCCUCGCCCUUCGCAAUGGCCUCAUUCUCUGCAAUGUCCUCAACAAAGUCAAUCCUGGCGCUGUUCUUAAGGUUGUCGAAAAUCCAAUCAUGGCAAUUCAAUCAGCCGAGGGUGCAGCACAGUCUGCAAUUCAGUAUUUUGAGAACAUGAGGAACUUCCUUGUGGCUGUUAAAGCUAUGCAGCUCUUGACCUUUGAAGCAUCUGAUUUGGAAAAGGGAGGAUCAUCGAGUAAAGUUGUCGAUUGUAUUCUAUGUUUAAAAGGAUACUUCGAGUGGAAGCAGGUGGGUGGAAUCGGAGUUUGGAGAUACGGGGGAAUUGUAAAGAUCACAUCCUUCCCAAAGGAAUCGCCACCAUCCAUGGUUGGAAGUGAAACUACAUACGAGUCCAUUUCUGUUGAUGAAUCAGAAUCAUCACAAUACGAACAAUUUCUAGAGUUUCUUCAUCUUUCCGAGGAGAUCUCAAUCGAAGAAUCGAAGACUGCUAAUACUCUGGCUUUCCUUUUUGAUCAUUUCAGCCUUCGCCUAAUACAGGCUUUCCUUAAAGAAAGUAAUGGGAUUGAAGAGUUUCCUUUAAAUGCAAUGAUGAUAGAUACAUUGCUGAGCAAGGUAGUUAAGGACUUCUCUGCAUUACUUGCUUCUCAAGGCACCCAGUUAGGUUUGUUCUUGAAGAAAAUAUUGGCAAGUGAGUUCGGAUCUCUAUCGAAACCAGAAUUUGUAGAAGCUAUCUCUCGAUAUCUAGUGCAUAGAACUAGAGUGGUAUCAAGUGACUUCUCCAAAUUCUGUGUUUGUGAGGGGAAAUCCGGACGAACUUGGCAUGGAGUCAAGGACUCUCCAAAUCAUGCUCUUCUUACUGAUAUUCAGCAAAGACAGGAAGAAGUAAAGUUAUAUUUCCAAGAGACAAGACAAGAAGUUGAACAGAUUCAAUCAGAAUGGGAGGAAGAACUUAAAAGGCUAGAGCAUCAUAUCAAGGGCCUUGAAGUUGCAUCUUCUUCUUACCAGAAAAUUUUGGAAGAGAAUCGCUUGCUUUACAAUCAAGUCCAAGACCUUAAAGGAACAAUUAGAGUAUAUUGCAGAGUUAGACCCUUCUUACAAGGACAAUCGAAUGGACAAUCACAAUCGACUGUUGAUUACAUCGGAGAAAAUGGAAAUAUUAUGAUUGUUAAUCCUUUUAAGCGGGGCAAAGAUGCAAGAAAAAUUUUUACUUUCAACAAAGUUUUUGGACAAAACAGCUCACAAGAACAAAUAUACAUCGAUACUCAACCUUUGAUCCGGUCUGUUCUUGAUGGAUUCAAUGUCUGUAUCUUUGCAUAUGGGCAAACUGGCUCAGGAAAGACAUACACAAUGAGUGGCCCUGAUUUGAUGACCGAGAAGACAUGGGGUGUAAACUACAGAGCUCUGCGAGACCUAUUCCAGCUAUCGAAGGCAAGAAAAGAUAUCAUAAAGUAUGAAAUCGGGGUUCAAAUGAUCGAAAUAUACAAUGAACAAGUUAGAGAUCUAUUAGUCAGUGAUGGAUCAUCUAGAAGGUUAGAUAUUCGUAACAAUUCCCAACUUAAUGGCCUCAAUGUCCCUGAUGCAUGUCUAUUUCCAGUUUCCAAUAUCAAUGAUGUUCUUGAUUUGAUGAGAAUUGGCCAAAAGAAUCGUGCUGUGGGCGCUACAGCUCUCAACGAGCGUAGUAGUCGUUCUCAUAGUGUUUUGACAGUUCAUGUCCAAGGAAAAGAUUUAGUCUCUGGAUCAAUUCUCCGGGGCUGCCUGCAUUUAGUAGACCUUGCGGGUAGCGAGAGAGUGGAUAAAUCGGAGGCAGUUGGUGAGAGAUUAAAGGAAGCUCAACAUAUCAAUAGGUCACUAUCUGCUCUUGGAGAUGUCAUAUCUGCUCUAGCCCAGAAGAGUCCACAUGUUCCUUAUAGAAACAGCAAGCUUACUCAAGUAUUACAAGAUUCUUUAGGAGGGCAAGCUAAAACAUUAAUGUUCGUACAUAUAAAUCCCGAGCUCAAUGCCAUUGGAGAAACCAUUAGCACACUCAAGUUUGCUGAGAGAGUUGCUUCCAUUGAACUUGGAGCUGCAAAAUCUAAUAAAGAAACUGGCGAAAUACGUGAACUUAAAGAAGAGAUCUCGAAUCUCAAAUUGGCUUUGGAGAAGAAGGAAGCCGAAGUGGAACAAUGGAAAGCUGGAAAUGCUCGAAGCAACAUGACAGAAUCCCAAAAAUCAAGAGCAGUUUCACCUUUUCACAUGCCAAGAUACGGUACCGGUGUCAAUUUUAAGCCGGAAGCAAAUCAGCAGUCUAAUUAUGACAAUAAAGUCUCCGAGGCUAUGAGCUGCUCAUCAGGGAAGCAAAGAAGGUCAAGAUUUCCUUCUGCACUCACGGACAAGGACACAAUGUUAAAGUUGUCAAUUACAGCAGAGGAUAGAUUAGGGAGCUCUGGAAAGCCAAGGACACCCUCACCUCCAGUUAGGAGAUCAAUAUCUACCGAUAGAGGAGCCUUCGCCCGAGGCAGGAUCAAACCCGAAACAGUUGAAAACCAACCAAUCUCUAAAAUUCCAUUUCCGGCCAGAGUACCAGACAACAGAUCGAUCCCUGCAGUGCCAUCAGCAGAUACUAACUCUAGGCAGUAUUUGGCUUCACAAGAGCCUUCGAAGCAAGAUAAGUUCUCAGACACUUCCUACAACCUUCAAAAGACAAAACUUUACUCAGAACACCAAGAGGAGCAGUUUAGGCAAGUUCUUAAUAUAAGAGAAGGUGGCAUUAGAAAGAGCAAGCCUGUAGAGACCAAGGCUAAAGCUAAGCAUCAAAUAACAGGCAGGUUCCAGAGGUCUGAGAUGGGAAAUUCUUUGCUUUCUGAAAUUGAUGUUAGUGAAAAAAUAGACGAGCCAAGAAAGAGCGAAUCCUCUGAAGCGGAAAACGAGAAUUUUCUUCUUGGAUCAGGAUUGAAAGUGAAGAAGUUCCAAAAGAACUCUUCUAGAAAUUCUCAGAAUCUUGAGCCAAGGGGACCAAUGCAGAUGGGAGAAACUUUCUUCACAAGAAAACUCGAAAACAAGCUUACAAAUGGUAUAAUACAAAAGGAAGGUGGUGAUACAUCAGUGAAUUUUUUCACAGGGAAGCUUGAAACCAAGGUAUCAAAUGGUAUAAUCCACCCGCAAAAGGAAGGUGGUAACACAUCAAUGCCUGAAUUUAGGAGAAGCCGAUCAACGCCUCGCGGGAAGUUUUUUAUUUUGCCCUGAGAAUUUUACACAAUACAAUACUGAAAAUUGUUGCCUCGAAUACUUUAAAUUUUGUAUAGUGACAAUUUAAGUUCGAGUUCUGGGUUGCAUACUUUAUAAUGAUUUCUGAGAAUGUGUUAA